AUGGAGUUGAUCAAAUGGGUAGAGAGUUUUGAAGGAAGCGUUUUUGACAAAAGAGUCGAAAUUCAAGAAACCAAGUUUGGAAAAGGACUCGUCGCUGUGGAAGAUUUGCCAGCCGGAAUCACGCUGCUCCAAGUGCCCAAAGAUGCGAUUCUAACUGUAUCGCAUGCAGUAAAAGACGAAAAAUUAGUUCAAGCGCUUGAAAAAUCGGAUCUUGUUUUCAACGGCUGCGAAAUCUUGGCGAUCUAUUAUCACAUCAACGCUGAAGAUCCAAAUGACAAGUUCCAUUUGUAUUUCUCCGGUUUGCCGAAAGAAUUCUCCUCUCCGAUUCUUUGGACGCCAGAAGAAGUGGCAAAAUUACCAUUUGGUCUUUCGAACAGCAUCAAAAUAGUCCAGAGUAGGAUAAAUAAAAUAGCCGCGGCGCUAAAUUUCGACGAAAAGAAAUUCGCGAAACAUUUUUGCGCGAUGUUCACGAGGGCGUUUUCGUCGAAGAUCUCGGCUCCAGAAACGAGUGAUUCUUUACCCACGUGGUUCUCAAUGACCGGGGGUGAAACUGCUAUGGUUUGUCCUUUGGUCGACUUUGCUAAUCAUGGCUCUACUCGGAACAGAGACGCUAUUGUCUGGAAUGAACCCAAGUCGGGAAUGGACUACGAGAAGAGCGCGACAUAUUUGAAAACAAAGAAUGCCAUUCCGAAAGGCUCCGAAUUAUGCAUUUCAUAUGGAUUGACAAAAGGAGAUGAUGAGCUAUUCAUGGCGCAUGGAUUCUGCGAACGUCCUGGCUAA